AUGUCCUCUAUCGCUGACCCCUACAGCGGGCCCAGUGAGCACCACCAGUCCGGAAAAACACGAAGAAUCGUGUCCCUGGUGUUUUCGUGUCUCGUGGCCAUGGCUUCGGGUACUCCGUAUCUUUUCGGCAUCUACUCCCCCCAGGUGAUGUCCAGAUGCCAUUUCACUGCGGAGGAUGCCAGUUUUUUGACAUUUGGUUCCACGCUGGGCUCCUCAAUUGGCGGGCUGGCUGCCGGGCUGCUGAUAGACAGGUUUGGUCCCAAAUUUGCAAUAUUUUUAGGGGCCAUAUUAGAGUCCGGCGCAUUUGUGAUUCUGUAUCUGACUUACAGAUUCCAGCUCCAUUAUCUGUGGCUCCUGGAGAUCGCCAUGGUAAACGUUGGGUUUGGCUCGGUGCUCCCCUAUUUCGCAACGUUAAAGGUAGCCACGAUCAAUUUCCCCAAGCACAAGGGUAUGGCGAAUGCAUGUCCGGUCUCAGCUUACGGUCUGGCAGCCCUGAUGUACGCUUCCAUAUCCACGGUAUUCUACGCAGGCGAUACACAAGGCCUCCUCAAGUUUAUUGCUAUAUUUUCUGGCGUGGUCAUUGGCCUGGGAUUCUUCUUUAUAGACAUCCACGAGCCAGACGAAGUUGUUCGGCCCGCCGAAGACGAGCCGUCCGGAAUCAAGUAUUUGCUUAAGGGCCAUCGGGGCUCGUUUGCACAGCUGAAUCUCGUGCGACGGAGUUCCAACUCGUCUUUGUUCUCGUCGACCUCAGAGAUCUCGUCGCUGUCUGUGUCCACAACGUCUUCCGGGACCUCUACCAUCACUAAUAACCCAAUAUCGAUUACCAGUGCGCAAAAUAAGUCCCCAUACUCGUCGCGACCAAGCAGCUAUUCGCCAAUAUCGUCUUCACCAGUGGACUUCAAAACGAAGCAGUCGCUAGCUCGUGCAAAUUCCUACAGAUUAGGCUCCUCACUGAGCAAUUCGCCCAGAAACCCAGGAUGGCUUGGAAACGCGUCUAAAAAAAAUGUCAAGGAAGAGGCUGUGGUUGACGAAGAUUCGCCUCUCAAUCCUGGAAACGACUCGUACAGCGCUUCAGUAUUGAGUCUCCCUCAAAGUCAGCAAUCGGAGGUGCUUGAGGCGACUCCUGCGGAAGAUCUAACAGAUGCUAUCAAACGGAAAAAAACCACACACCGCUCCAGUAAGGAACACAUCCAGUGGCUCUUCAACAAUAGAACGUUUCUCUGCCAUUACGUCCUCAACGCCUUGUUUUGUGGCAGUGGACAAGUGUACAUCUACGGGGUUGGCUACAUUGUCAAAGCGCAGAUGAAUAAAAACCCCAACUUCACCAGUGAUCAAAUCUCGUCAUACCAGGCCCUCCAGGUUUCCAUUAUAUCGCUGUGCAAUUUUUUGGGCCGGAUGCUUGGAGGCAUUUUUAGCGACUACCUCCACAAGAGCAUGAAUGCACAGAGACUCUGGGUGAUUGUGGUGUCCGUUGUAUGCGGGAUCUUGGGAAAUAGCACGCUGCUCCUGUUUGACAACGCUCGUUUCCUCUCUCUCAGCUCGACCUGCUUUGGUGUCAGCUACGGUGCCAUCUACGGGGCCAUGCCUGCGAUCGUUGCCGAUAACUUUGGGGCUAGACAUUUUGCCACCUCGUGGUCUGUCAUUGGAACAGGCUCGGUGGUGGCUUUUCUGAUGCUGAGUGACUAUUUCGGCAAGGACUACGAUAAACAUAGCCAGUAUCUAGAGGACGGAGACGGUAAGCUUGUGCGGAUGUGUUUGAAAGGUAACCGUUGCUACGAGAACGUUUUCGGCAUCAAUCUUUUCAUCGGCUGUAUUUUGCUGGUGAGCUACUGCUCUAUGAUCUACUGUGCGAGAAAGAAAUAG